AUGAAUGUUUUUCAGAAUAGGGGAGAAAUUACUCGUAUCAAUAUGUACUUCAACUUCAUCUAUUUCGCUUUCUUCUUCCUCCAACUAAGCAGCAUUGAAACUACGGAGACGCAAACGGAACAAACAGAGCCGUUGGAUUUAUCACUGCAAAAAUUGAGUAGAGAACAAGCGCCAGAUUUGUGCUUAUUAGCGGAAGUAGCCGAUAAAAUGCCGAAAGCCGAAGUAGCCAACAAAAAUACAGAUGAAUUUGACAGUCAAAAUCCGACAGUCAAGAUGAAUUUAACAGUCAAAGAAGACAGCGUUAAACGAAAACGUGCAGAAGAAAUUGCAGGGAAGGAAUCGAAAAAGAAGAAACUGCUGUGUGAUAAAUGUGGAAAUAGCGUAAUAGAUAUUAACAGGCAUAUGAUGACUCAUACCGAAUUCAUACCGAUGAGAAGCCGUACCACUGUCUCACAUGCAACAAAAGCUUCUCUCGUUUAUCAACUUUGA